ACAAAUAUUAAAUGUACAUAGAGUAUAACAGUGUACAAUGAUGUUUGACUACUUUUGGUGUUCCUAGUUUUUGAGCAUAGGGUCUGCUCUGUGCCAGAGUGCGCUCUGGGAGGUCGUAAAUUUAGAGCGUUUCGCUCUCGGAGGGUUCACUGAACGCUCUGGCAGAGGGAUAGGGUUGAUCCGAGCGUUCUGACCUCACAACGUUAGUCAAGCACCCAAGCGAACUGGCUAAUAUUGGCUAACUUGCUAGCUACUUCCAGACACAAAUGAGAGAACACGUCACUCUGCCCAUUGUACUCGCUCUAGCAGAGCUGUUAUCCAGAGCGUUGGUAACUGUGCUGCGGACGACAAUUUAUUUACACUGUUUUGCCGGCGUUUACUGACACCGGCCAUAUUCAAUAGGUGUUGAGCGUUCGUAAAUUAAUCAGCUAUUCUGCGCGAAUUUACGAACGCACCCAUAAUCUCAACUACUGACAGACUGUCAAAAUCACUGUGAUGAACAGUUGACAAUCGAUAAUAUGUUUAGUGAAAAUUGACAUUAAAUUGGGCCAAUCUAUUUUAUUCAGCUGCCAACACAAGGAAAGCAUCUAGCUACAAAUGCAGCCAUCACAUCUUAUUUUGAAAAACCAAGGGUCGACAGGCACUGAAAUCUUAAUUAACAGAUUAAUUGGUUUAUAGUUACACUAGCUGGCUUUAAAUUUAGGAUAGGCAUAAAUUACCUAAAUUGAGAGGUAAGGGAAAUAAUUUAAGAGUAUGUUUAAAAUCCACUGUGGCUGCAGAACGCUUGUAUACAUUAACGGUUAUCAAUGGACAGCAUAGCUCCUGGCUCCAUUUAUUUUUUUGUCACCAUAUUAUUGAGAGAAAAAUAAACAGGAAAGGAAUUCGUCAGAAGAUGACUGACAUGUACACUGGCGAAUGAUAAUGUAGGGAAUAAAAUACGGUAGCCAAUUGGGUUUAAGAAGAACGGCGGGAUUUCCUGUGCGUUACCCAAUCUUGGAGACCCCACCCUUUGUGUUUCCCGCACCGUCAAUCAAAAUAGAAACAAUUGACUAGAAUCACCGAUUGCAGCCAGCCUUCGAUUACUGUAAUCAUGUUUCGCUUGUGGUAAUACAGAGAUUCUGCGAAAUAAAAUAAUUCACGCAAUGACUGGUAUGUAAUGUUCAACCUAACCAUCGGUAUGUUUGCACCCUUUAGCUAAGCUAAUGUUAGCUAGCUGUUAUAAUAUUUUUCCAACAGCUUAGCCAACAGUGAACGUUAGCCUGCAUGCUAGCCACAACUACAACAUACGUAGCUAGCUAAGGCUUCAGACAGUUUGAUCAACUCCACACCGCAGCUGUAAUGGAGCCCCAGAACAGCCAGUGAAACAAGAGGAAAUGGCUGCCUUGGACGUGGACAGCAGUCAAAGCGAGUUUCUGCAGCAAGACUGUGGCACAGGAGAUCAGGACACUCAGUCGUCAUCGCUCGCUCUGCUGGCAGCUACCUGCAGCAAGAUCGAGUCGGCAUCAUCAGAUGGGGGUAACGGUGCUGCCGCUGCAGUGACGACAGACCUAACAUCCAUCCAGUUAACAGGGAACCCAGAUAGAUGGGAGGUUUUGACCCCCACAACAACACGGAAGGAGGAACCUGGCGCGGUCCAUAUCCAGAGUCGGGGGAUCGUGACAUCAAACGGACAGUAUGUUCUUCCUCUCCAGAACCUUCAGAGCCAACCGAUCUUUGUGACAUCAGGAAGCGACACCUCCGCCAACACAGUGCCUAACAUUCAGUACAUUCAGACAGCUGAUGGACAGCAACUGAGCUUCUCCACCUCCAGUGAGGACGGGGCCACUCUGAGCCAAGAUGCCACAGGGCAGAUCCAGAUCUUGCCUGACGGAACUCAGACUAUAAGUGUGACUGGGGCCGGAGACAUCCUUACUAAUAACCAGAACCUCAUAUCACAGACUGGUCAUGUCCAGCAGAUCCAGGGUGUUUCUAUCGGCAGCUCCACCUUUAACAACCAGGGUCAGGUUGUCACUAAUGUGCCUAUGGGGUUGCCAGGGAACAUCACCUUUGUCCCCAUUAGCAGUGUGGACUUGGACUCCCUGGGCCUCUCUGGUGCUCAGACUAUAGCAACAGGGGUCACUUCUGAUGGCCAGCUCAUCAUGACCAGUCAGCCUGUGGACAACUCUGAGAGUUUGGAGAAGACAGGUGACCAGCACUCGCAAACACUGUCUGUAAAUGACUCAAAUGCUAAUGCAGACAUGUAUGUGCCAACGUCCUCCGCCCAGCUGCCUGAGGCCAUGGAUGAGACGGGUGUUCUAACCCAAGCCCCAGAGCAGACAGACCCCUCUGGUCUCCAGGGCUACAUUCAGCAGAACCAGGUCCAGAACAUCCAGGUGUCCUCAGGCCAGUCCAUCAUCCAGCUGCAACAGGUGCCAGUCCAGACCAGUGAUGGUCAGCUGGUGCAGGCAGCAGGGGGACAGACCAUGCAGAACGUUCAGCUCAUCAACCCAGGGACCUUCAUCAUCCAGGCCCAGACCGUCACGGCCUCAGGGCAGAUCCAGUGGCAGACCUUUCAGGUGCAGGGGGUCCAGAACCUCCAGAACCUCCAGCUGUCCACCAACCCAGCCCAGCAGAUCACACUGGCCCCAUUGCAAACCCUGUCUCUGGGCCAGGGAGAAGCGCAACAGAUCCCCAACCUGCAGACUGUGACUGUCAACUCUUUGGUCCAGGCAGGCAUUCAGUACCAGCAGGCAGAGGACACCAACAGCCCUGGAGACGUCCAGAUAAAGGAGGAGCCGGACUCCGAGGACUGGCAGCUGGGCAGUGACUCCACUCUGAACACCAGUGACCUUUCCCACCUGCGGGUCAGGCUAGAGGACGAGGAGGACCAACUCGGCGAGGGGGGCAAGCGGCUACGCAGGGUGGCCUGCACCUGCCCCAAUUGCAAAGAGGCUGGGGGGAGAGGAUCCAACAUGGGAAAGAAGAAGCAACACAUCUGUCACAUUCCGGGCUGUGGGAAGGUGUACGGGAAGACAUCCCACCUGCGAGCGCACCUGCGCUGGCACUCAGGGGAGCGGCCCUUCGUCUGCAGCUGGAUGUACUGUGGGAAGAGGUUCACACGCAGCGACGAACUGCAGAGACACAGAAGGACACAUACAGGGGAGAAGAAGUUUGUCUGCCCGGAAUGUUCCAAGCGCUUCAUGCGGAGCGACCACCUGGCCAAGCACAUUAAAACUCACCAGAACAAGAAAGGAGUCAUGAACUCUGUGAGCAACGCGGUGGUUGGCUCCAUGGAGUCCGCGGGCUCGUCAGACAGCAUCAUCACGGCGGGCGGCACCACCCUCAUCCUCACCAACAUUCAGCAGGGCUCCAGUAACUCCCAAGACAUCCUGGCCAAUGCUGAAAUCCCACUACAACUGGUCACUAUAGCAGCCGGAGAAGUCCUAGAGAUGGCCGAGUCACAGUGACACUCACUUGCUCAUCACUCAUUUUCCCUGCUUAUAUAUAUAUAUAUAUAUUAGUCAAAAGUUUUUUACACACCUACUCAUUCCAGGGUUUUUCUUUAUUUUUACUAUUUCUACAUUGUGGAAU